GUAGAAUUGUAUAUCCGCAAGAGUUGCUCCCCUCGCGGUUGCAGGGGGGUAAAGCGGCAGUGCUGGGGUCUUGAGGAAUUACUCUAGGCACUCGGGCGGUUAUUGUUCAGAACCUGACUGCUGGAGAAAUCUUCUCGUAGUACUAGCUCCACUCCCCGCAGGCGGAGGCGCGGGGAGGAGGAAGUCGUCGCCACCUCCCCGGAGUGCUGCGUUCGGCGGGGGAGGUGCAUGUAGGAGGGAGUGAGUCUCAACAUGAUGGCGGCCGAGCCCGGGGUUGAGGAGGGCGGCUCGGUUACCGCUGCCGGGAUAGUGGAAGCUGUUGGCGGAGCUGAGUCGGAGCACUACCCCACGUUACGCCGGGGCAAGGAGGUGGGGUCCCAGGGCCCCUUCCUGGCUGGCUCUGGCGAGGACAGCCUGGGCGCUGGCGGUCCGGCGUUGUGUUCGGCGCUGGGGCUCCUGGCGUUAAGCUCCGGGCCUGCCUCUCUCGCAUCCAGAGACGCACUGUCAGCAACUGGACAAAGGCCGGAGGUGUCCGGAGAGGUGCUGCUCCCACCCAAACCCAGCACUGUCGCCUUUCCCCCGCUGCCGCCGCCGCCUCAGCCACCUUCCUUGGCGGGGGGGCUGGGGAUUGCGGAUGAAGGCGACUCGUUGGAUGGGCCCGAGUAUGAAGAGGAGGAGGUGGCCAUCCCGCUCAACGCUCCCCCCACAAACCAGUGGUAUCAUGGAAAACUCGACAGAACAAUUGCAGAAGAACGUCUUUGGCAAGCGGAAAAACCUGGAAGUUACCUUAUUCGAGAGAGUGAUCGGAGACCGGGUUCAUUUGUGCUUUCAUUCCUUAGUAAAACAAGUGUCAAUCAUUUUAGGAUUAUUGCCAUGUGUGGAGAUUAUUACAUUGGUGGACGUCGCUUUGCUUCACUCUCAGACCUUAUUGGGUAUUACAGUCAUGUGUCUUGUUUGCUGAAGGGGGAAAAACUAUUCUUUCCAGUAGCACCUCCAGAGCCUGUGGAAGAUAGAAGGAGAGUUCGAGCAAUUCUACCUUACACCAAAGUGCCAGAAACUGAUGAAAUAAGUUUCCUUAAAGGAGAUAUGCUUAUUGUGCAUAAUGAAUUGGAAGAUGGCUGGAUGUGGGUUACAAACCUACGUACAGAUGAACAAGGUCUUAUAGUAGAAGACCUGGUAGAAGAAGUGGGAAGAGAAGAAGAUCCACAUGAAGGCAAAAUAUGGUUCCAUGGGAAGAUCUCCAAACAAGAUGCUUACAAUUUGCUGAUGACAGUUGGUCAGGUGUGCAGUUUUCUUGUGAGGCCUUCAGAUAAUACACCUGGUGAUUAUUCACUUUAUUUUCGGACCAGUGAAAAUAUUCAGCGUUUCAAAAUAUGUCCAACAUCAAGCAAUCAGUUUAUGAUGGGAGGCAGAUAUUAUAAUAGUAUUGCAGAGAUCAUUGAACAUUAUAGAAAAGAACAGAUUGUUGAAGGAUAUUACCUUAAAGAUCCUGUUCCAAUGCAGCAUCAAGAACAAGUAUUUAAUGAUACAGUUGAUGGAAAAGAAAUCUACAAUACAAUUCGUCGCAAAACAAAGGAUGCUUUUUAUAAAAAUAUUGUCAAAAAAGGAUAUCUUCUGAAAAAAAGUAAAGGGAAGAGAUGGAAAAACUUGUACUUUAUAUUGGAGGGAAAUGAUGCCCAGCUUAUUUAUUUUGAAAGUGAAAAACGAGCCACAAAACCUAAAGGAUUAAUAGACCUUAGUGUGUGUUCGGUCUAUGGAGUACACGACAGUUUAUUUGGCAGGCCAAACUGUUUUCAGAUAGUAGUUCAACACUUCAGUGAAGACCAUUACAUCUUUUACUUUGCAGGAGAAACUCAAGAACAAGUGCAGGACUGGAUGAAGGCUCUGCAGAUGUUUUGCAGUUUAAGGAAAAACAGUCCAGGGACAUCAAAUAAACGUCUACGUCAGGUCAGCAGUCUUAUCUUGCAUGUAGAAGAAGCUCAUACACUCCCAGUAAAACAUUUUACUAAUCCAUAUUGUAACAUCUACCUGAACAGUGUCCAGGUAGCAAAAACACAUAUCAGGGAAGGUCAGAACCCUGUAUGGUCAGAAGAAUUUGUCUUUGAUGAUCUUUCAUCUGAUAUUAAUAGAUUUGAGAUAAGUCUUAGUAACAAAACAAAGAAAAGUAAAGAUCCAGAUAUAUUGUUUAUGCGUUGCCAAUUAAGCCGAUUACAGAAAGGACAUGCAACAGAUGAGUGGUUUCAACUCAGUUCCCAUAUACCACUGAAAGGUAUUGAGCCAGGAUCUUUGCGUGUUCGAGCACGAUAUUCUAUGGAGAAGAUCAUGCCAGAAGAGGAGUACAGUGAGUUUAAAGAGCUCAUACUCCAGAAAGAGAUGCAUGUAGUCUAUGCCUUAUCACAUGUUUGUGGCCAGGAUAGAACACUGUUGGCUGGCAUUCUAUUGAAGAUAUUUCUUCAUGAAAAGCUUGAGUCACUAUUGUUACGAACACUAAAUGACAGGGAAAUAAGCAUGGAAGAUGAAGCUACUACUUUGUUUCGUGCCACCACUUUAGCAAGUACACUUAUGGAGCAAUAUAUGAAAGCCACAGCAACACGUUUUGUUCAUCAUGCACUGAAAGACAGUAUAUUAAAGAUAAUGGAGAGCAAGCAGUCCUGUGAGUUAAAUCCUUCGAAGUUAGAAAAAAAUGAAGAUGUAAACACUAAUUUGGCACAUCUACUCAGUAUACUUUCGGAAUUGGUGGAGAAAAUAUUCAUGGCUGCAGAGAUACUGCCUCCGACAUUGAGAUACAUUUAUGGAUGCUUGCAGAAGUCUGUUCAAAACAAGUGGCCAGCUAUUACGACAAUGAGAACAAGAGUUGUUAGUGGCUUUGUUUUUCUUCGACUGAUUUGUCCUGCUAUCCUGAACCCAAGGAUGUUUAAUAUCAUCUCAGAUUCUCCUUCCCCUACUGCUGCAAGAACACUGACGCUGGUUGCCAAGUCCGUGCAGAAUUUAGCAAAUCUGGUUGAAUUUGGAGCUAAGGAGCCAUAUAUGGAGGGGGUAAAUCCAUUUAUCAAGAGCAACAAACAUCGCAUGAUCAUGUUUUUAGAUGAACUUGGGAAUGUUCCUGAGCUCCCAGACACUACAGAUUACUCUAGAACUGACUUAUCUCGUUAUCUGGCAGCCUUGCAUGAGAUGUGUGUGGCUCAUUCAGAUGAACUUCGGACACUUAGCAAUGAGCGAGGUGUAAUGCAGCAUGUUCUUAAGAAGCUGUUGGCUAUUACAGAACUGCUUCAACAAAAACAACAUCAAUAUUCAUUGUCUAAUAACAUCAGGUAGCAGCCUUCUACCUGAAUUCUGCAUGGAUCCAGCAUGUCUAACAUGGCAACUUACACAGGUAUCACUUUUUUUGCUCUUGCCAAAAAUCACACACCCUGUCACAUUCCCAGUGAUGUGUGAACUAUGCAAAAAAGAAAACAAAGAUUCUGUUAGCAAAUGAUUGAACCAGCAGCUCUUUAAGCUAUUUGUGCAGGAUAUUUGCACUUUUUUCCACUUGGAACCAGUUUUUACAGCCUCUGAGCCUUGGUGUACAGUUUACCUUUUGCAAAGAAAAUGCUGUGACUGUAGUAACUUUGAAAAUUAUUUUGAACACUUGUGUCCUGGGGUGACUUUAUGAUGAUUGUAUCCCCAUUGGUCUGUUUAGCCCAUGAAUAAGUUUUGCACCUUUAAGACUAGUUCUGAGAGGGAAGGGGGGGGGGGGGGGGGAGAGAAGAAGCACGCGGUUUGUUUUCAGAAACUGCACUCACUCCUCCACAUUCCUGCUCCUGGACUGUGUUGUCUACAGACAGACAGACACCAGGACAGGGCUCUCUUUUGCUUUUUAGUUAGUUUUUAGCUAGCUGAGGCAGAGAAGUUCCCUAGACUCUAGUGUUUCUUUUUCUUGGAACUGUUUAAACCUGCUCUGGACUGAACACCCAGAAGAGCACCAUCAGCUCACACCUGUGGCCCCCCAGGGCCUGGCCUGGGCUGUAGCAUUUCCAGCGCUGGAGGGACUGAUAGACUGAGUGAGCCGAGCUACAGUCCAUGAAGGGGAUUUCCUGAGUUUGUCAUCUCUUUGGAGCGGCAAGAGGUUUUAUUGUUUAAUAUUAUUCUUUUUUUUUCUUUUUUUUUUUUUUUGUGCUGGUGAAUGCUUUGCUUGUCAAAUAAACAGUUUUUUCCACUUUUCUCUAAGGAAAUCUUUUCCUGAUCCAGUUGGGGGGGGCCACUUGAAUUUGCUUUCUAGAGGAACCCCUUUGCAGGUUUUCUCCCAAAUUUGCCCUAAACCAGGACAACCUGCAAAUGCCAAAGUUUUUCUGUCUUGUUGGAAAAGAAUUACCAACCGACAAGGAAAGAUAGGCAUUGUUUUGACAGCUACAUGUAACUGCAUAACAUUUCUUACUGUAAUUUCUGAGUGGUUACAAUUAUUAUGAUUUUGACUUUUUCAACCACUUAAACAUGUAUUUACAGUUUCCAGAUUUUGACGGUUAUGGUAAGAAGAAUCUUUCCUAUAUACUUUUUAUACCAUGCUCUUUCUCUUGCUGGAAUCACGUCAAAAGAAUAUGCAGAACGAUUCUUGUCAGCUUUAUUCUUAAUGUGCCACAGAUUCAGUCUAAAUAAUUCUUCCAUCAAGGAUUGUGUAUCCAUCCAAGCAAAUCACAAUGCUUUUUUAAAAUGAUUACAAAAGUGCACAAUAAGAAUUUAGUAAAUUUAUUAUCACUCUAUCAGACAUGCAUGCAUCUAUUACACCGUUUUAUAGCAUAUAUUGAUUGGGCUUGUGUGUAAUGUAAGGCUACCAUGAAUGUUAUUUUUAAACUUGAAAAAUAAGUUUUAAAAUAAUCAAGCUGCCAAUAGAUUCUCCAUAGAAACUAACUUUGUGUUCAAGUAAAAGAACACUGUAAAAAUGAAAUUUGGAUAACAGAUAUGGUUAGCUAUUUAUGUACUGCAUAUAAAAUGCAUUGAUAAAACUGACUGUAGGUAAAGUUGCAUUUAGGUAUAUGUUGUGGUUUGAUGUUGCAGUGUGAUGUCAUAGUUUGUCUCAGGUAUCCCGAUCCUUCCCAGGUGCCAAUCACCUCUCCUUUCCCCCACCCUGACCCCUACUGAGUGCUGUCUGUCAAUCCUGUCAUUCCAGAAGGGCAUCGAGUGAUUGGCAGAGUUCAAAAGAUGCCAUGCAUCCCUGGGGGACCAUUGGCCCACGCAGGUGCCCUUUCACCUGAUACCUACCCUCCCUGCACCUGGUUGGUGGGAUCCCUACCCCUUCCCGCCCCCUCUCCCUGGGGUUAAAAGAGCCAGCAACUACGCAGUUCGAGAGGUUCUGUUAGAGCUGUUACGGGAUUCAGAAGCUUGCGGGUCAGAAUAAAACUCUGGAUCGAAAUCCUCUAACAGAAUCCAACUCCUUUGCCUUCACCUCACCUUUAAGCAUCUCCAACAGAGGUAAACCGGAGCUCUGCAUGUCUGGACUUGUCUCUAGCGUCCAGCUGCAGCAUCCAGCUUAGCCAGAGGUGUCUCUGAGGUGAAAACACCGCAGUUGCCGCCUUUUGGUCAAGCAGCAGAGGCUAGUCAAGCCCGGACACGUCCCAUCCGGCUAUAUUGGUAAUAUUCCAAUAUAUUGGCGCCCAAUGUGGGGCUGCUCCAAUCCUGCAGCCCCGAGAAGACACUCCGGAGCUCCCAGAACCUCAAGAGAGACCACGCAGAGACUUUAAGGCAGCUUAGCGUCCACUGGAAGAGCUUUGACGGCAUAGACUUGGGGACUUAUCCCACAGAAGCCUCGGGGACAUUCUGUGCCUCUGGAAAGUGCAGCUCCUUUUUGGUGAGCGAAUUUCGAGAGGGGAAUAGGGUAGCUCCUCCUGCCUGAGGAGUCCUAUUCAGGUGAAGAGAAAAAACCCUGCCGGACCGCAACACCGACAGAACCGUUUUCGGGUGAGUAUAUCUGCUCCAUAAAGGAGUAGAAGCUCAAAUACAGUAUCUGCCGAGAGAUCUUUUCUUUUUCACUCUUUUUCAGAGCACAUAAAGGCUGCAUAGCCCUACGGGGUGAGACAGUGCGUUAAGCAUAGCCCACAGCGGCGCGCCACCGCUGAUUUUAGAACUUGCGUAGCAGCGAGUUUGCACGAUGGCGCCGGCUCAGAGGAGCGGGGGGGCUCUCCCUGCCCCUUAACUUCGCAACGGCGUGGCGCCGGCUUGGCUUUCGGGCUUUCCCGCGCUGGCGGGGGGGCUCUUGGCUCGGCUUUCAGGAUUUCUCGGUGCAGGGCAGCUACGGUUUCGGAUUUGCCGCGCGGCACGGGGGGGGGGCUCUGUCUCCCCCUCAGCGCUGCGUGGCGAGUUCCGAUUCCAUGCCGCUGCCAACGGCACUUUUAAAAUCAGCAAGGACUGCUGCGCUGUUUAGGGUUAAAAGUCUGCGUGUCUUCACUUCUUAACUGCGGUUUUUGGAAAUCAGUAGCUAUUUGGUUUUGUGUUCGGUCGGCAGGAGAUUGUGCUGUGCCUUUUACAUCUAAAAUGUGCUCUAAGUUAAGCGCAGCACAAAAAGGAGUGUAUUAUCGGAUUGUUGGAAUUUUACUUAGUUGAAAUGUAACGUUUUCUAAGGGAAAAUUGAAACGGUUUAUAAAGUGGGUUUUUCUACUCUUCCCACAAAUUUCUCCUGAACAAGUCCACAAUAUCCAAUUCUGGGACAAAGUAGGGCAUGAAUUGAUAACCUUGGGAAAGUCUGGGCACACGUCCUCAGCUAAAUUUGUGUUUUGGAGUUUACAAGUUCGAUCAGUCUUACUCAAGCAAAGGGAAGUGGAGAAAAAGCCAAAUGUGAAAUGUACCUCUGCUCUUCCUGUUUCUCCCCCCCCCAGCCCUGAACCCUCUACCCCAAAACUUGGUAUUUUAAAGAGAGCAGACUCUGCUCAUGCCCAGGGAAGCCGGCUCCCUGAGCACCUUAAAAUUCCUGAGUUCCCCUGUCCAAAAUGUUCUGGCCAGACCGCGUGGAAUUGUCCCCAAACCCCUGUGUCCCCUGCUCUGAAACCCAGAGCACGUUAGCUUUUCGGAGAGCAGUGACCCCCAAAAUGGCUCCCAGACCCCAGGGGGCCAAGAAAAUGGAGGAUGCCACGUGGCACCAUGCCAUACCUGGUGUCCUUCUUCCCAUGAUUCCCCUAAGCAUCCCAAAAAUCCUUCCCCAUCCCCAACCCCUCCUGAUCUUUGUGACACCUUCCCUCCCCCCCACCUUACCUGCCACUUCCUCAUCUCUGCUCCUCUACCCCUCCCUGGGGACGUCUGCCGACGUGAUGUCACCAGGAGUCCCCGCCCCCUGCCAGCUCCCGUCCCGCGCCCUGUUCCCACGGUAUCCCCGCCCCCUGCCCGGGUUCCCACAGUGGGGGCACGCCCACUGCUUGUCCCCAUAGCUGCACCUGUGAUCCCAAUGCUUCCAAUUCAAAGGAUACGGAGCAGGGAACCGUAAACCCAAUACAGGGUCCCACUUUCUCAUUCCCCCUGUUACAUAUCAGCAUACAGGGCAAGGGGGAGGAGCCCCAACUCCUGAUUGGAAAGCUUUUGGACGAGAAAUUAUGAGAGAAAUCUGCAAAGCACAAAGAGUAUGGCCGACUUAGCCCAUACUUCCAUGGCCUUUUAAAUUCCGAACUGGGUAGUACCACAUGAUUUAAAAAAGCUUUUUUCGUGCCUCAUGACCUCUACAGAAUUCAAAUUGUGGGAAUUGGCAUUGAAACAACUGCUAAAAGAGGCUCUCCCAGACUUGCAUGCUGAUCCAAACACAGCAAAAGAUACCAAUGGCAUGCCAAUUACCAUUGAGCAUCUCUCCGGUGAGAGCCAGUGGUCUUUAGCCCCAAUCCAAGCUGCAGUAAUUCCUGUAAAAGCACUUGACAGUGUCAAAGAUGCUGCUGAAAAAGCCUUCUUUGCCCUCCAACCUGAAGGCCCAUUCGAGCCAUAUAGUAAGAUCAAGCAGCUACCAUCAGAGCCUUUUUUGAAAUUUGUAGAAAGGUUAACUAGAGCUAUUGAAAUCCAAGUUAAAAAAGAGAAUGCAAGGGAAGAGGUUUUAGAGGAAAUGGCAUUUACAAAUGCAAAUGAACAGUGUCGAGCAGCAAUUUUAAGCUUACCUCUAGAACCCCGCCCUUCACUAAAAGAUAUGCUUCUAGUCUGUAACAGGAAAGUGCCUCUGAUGAGUGUAGAUGAAGAUACCAGACCAAAGCUGCUGCCAAGACCACCACAGUAAAUCGCCGUUGCCAGCCCUGCCUCCAUUCCCUCAGCACAGUGGCACACCGGACAGCAGAGAACACCAGAAAUGGUUGACGCCACAAAGCCAUGACUGCUUUGCAACAAUCUUGGGCACUGGAGUAACCAGUGCCCCCUGAAAAAGCAAUUUGAUGAAUUUAGAAAUGGCAGGGGAGGAGAACUACAAGCACUCCCAGGGGGUCAACAACAACAAAAAAACUGAAAAGGGAGCGCCGGCCUGCCAGGAGCACAGACACAAAAAGAGCAGGCCAAGGGAAUGAGGGAAACAAAAAAGACCAAGCGCGCGGUAACAUCCCUAUUUCUCUAAGUGAAGCAGAUGCUUCAAGGACCACUUUUGCUGAUCCAGUAUCAGAUGUGACACCAAAUAACCUUUGCUUUAACUUAAGCGAACCUGUUCUAGCCUCUAUUUCUGUCAGUGAGCCUUUCAGAUUGCAGCUGACAAAACCACUCCACCUGAAAGACACUGACUGGCAUUUUGUCUCCGUAAACCCACAACAGCAGGGUACUUGGCACCAAAAUCACUCUAAGUACAUCCUCAUUGGGGACACCAAACACACACCACAAGAGAUAGAAAUUGCUCCAGAAAUGACAACAUCAGAUCCUGAGUAAUUUGUUCUCAGGCUGCACUGUUUCCACCCACUCCUCUUUCUUCCCAAAGGACAAAUCGUUGCAAAAGCCAUCCCAGUGCCGAGUUUAUCUGAAGGCAACUCAAGUUACCUUGAAAAACAAGGGCCCACAGUCCCCCAGGUCCAAGCUAUUGGAAGGACAAACCCAAAAUCUCGUGUAAUGUCAGUGGGCGUGGGGAGUCAAAAUGCAUUGAGAUGCUCGUAGACAUGGGUGCAGACUGCACAGUGAUCCCAGCACAGGACUGGCCAGCACAUUGGCCUUUGCAAAACGUGGCUGGUCACGUUCGAGGUGUAGGGGGCAUGCAAUUGGCAAGGCAAUCCAAGAGCAUCGUCCAAAUCGAGGGGCCAAAUGGACAAUUAGCAAAUAUACGUCCGUUUGUGUUAGAUUAUCCGGAACCAUUGUUAGGGAGAGAUUUAAUGGCCCACUGGGGAGUCACAAUUGAUAUUCCAGACUCCACAGGAUUUUUGGGCAGCGGUCACUGAAAAGCGCCCUACCCAAAAACUGAAUUGGAAGACAGACACACCAGUUUGGGUAGCACAGUGGCCGCUCAGUAAACAGAAACUGAAGGCGCUCGAGGAGCUAGUAGAAGAGCAACUGAAAAAGGGUCACAUUGUGGAGACCACAUCCCCGUGGAACUCUCCAGUGUUUGUCAUCCAGAAGGCUGACAGAGAUGGCGGCUCCUCCAUGACCUCCGACAAAUUAAUGAUGUCAUUGAAGAUAUGGGCUCUCUCCAACCUGGCAUGCCAUCCCCAUCAAUGCUUCCCCCAAGAUUGGAAAUUAGCUAUUACUGAUAUAAAAGAUUGUUUUUUUCAAGUUCCCCUACACCAGGACGACGCUCCGCGUUUUGCAUUCUCAGUCCCUACCAUCAACAUGGAAGCCCCGAUGAAAAGGUACCAUUGGAAGUUCUUCCUCAGGGACUAAAAGUCUUGCCAUUGAUCUGCCAGUGGUAUGUCUCUUCCCUGUUGUCCCCAGUGUGUGCAGUCACAGAAAAGGCCAUCACCUAUCAUUAUAUAGAUGAUAUCCUUGUGUGUGCCCCAAAUGAUGACUUACUCACCCACGCGCUUGGCCUAAUGAUCAAUGCAUUGAUUGUUGCAGGGUUCGAGCUCCAGGAAAGGAUAAUUCAAAAGAUGCCACCUUGGAAAUAUUUGGGCUUAGAAAUUGGAAAUAGGACCAUUGUUCCUCAAAAAUUAGAAAUCAAAACAAAGACCAUGACCCUUGCAGAUGUCCACAAAUUGUGUGGGUCUUUAAAUUGGGUAAGGCCCUGGCUGGGUCUGACUAACAAAGACCUUGCCCCUCUUUUUCAAUUUAUUGAAAGGGGGAGAGGACCCGAGUUCUCCUAGGGCUAUUACCCCAGAGGCACAGAAAGUUCUAGAAAAAGUUCAGACAGCAAUGUCCACAAGACAGGCCAACCAAUGUCGCCCUGACCUGCCAUUCAAAUUUAUCAUCUCAGGUAAGUUGCCAUACCUCCAUGGAAUCAUUUUCCAGUGGGAGGAAAAACAAACACCUAAGGCAAAGGAAACACCUAAAAAGGGCCAAGACCAGAGGGACCCUCUCUUGAUCAUAGAGUGGGUUUUCCUGAGUCACCAAAGGUCCAAGACAAUGACAAAGUCCCAAGAGCUAGUAGCAGAACUGAUCCGGAAAGCUAGGACCCGGAUCAGGGAGUUGGCAGGGUGUGACUUUGAGUGCAUUCACAUUCCAAUCGAGUUAAAAUCAGGCCAAAAUACUAAGAAAAUAUUGGAACAAUUGCUUUGGGAAAAUGAAGCGUUGCAGUUUGCUCUAGAUUCCUACUCAGGACAAAUUUCUGUCCAGAGGCCUGCCCACAAAAUUUUUGAAUAAGAAGUUCAAUUUACUCUGAAAUUGAGAAGUGUUCAAAGUAAGAGACCUUUAAAAAAGGCUCUGACUGUCUUUACAGACGCAUCUGGGAGAUCCCACAAGUCCGUUAUGACUUGGAAGGAUCCUCAAACCCAGCAGUGGGAGACGGACAUUGCUGAGGUGGAAGGUUCACCUCAGGUAUCUGAGUUGGCUGCAGUUGUUAGGGCCUUUGAAAGGUUCUCAGAACCAUUCAAUCUGAUUACAGACUCUGCAUACAUGGCAGGAGUAGUAUCCAGAGCAGAUCAAGCAAUACUGCAAGAAGCGUCUAACAUCGCACUUUUCAAAUUGCUCUCAAAACUUGUAAAGUUAGUUUCCCACCGAGAGCAACCAUUUUAUGUGAUGCACGUCAGGUCACACACCAACUUGCCAGGGUUUAUCACUGAAGGCAACAGAAGGGCAGAUGCCCUUGCUGCGCCUGCAGAGAUGGCUCCUCUCCCAAAUGUUUUUGAACAGGCAAAAAUCAGCCACCAGCUUUUCCACCAAAAUGCACCUGGCCUAGUUCGUCAGUUUCACAUCACUCGAGAACAGGCCAUAGCGAUUGUGGCCACAUGCCCCAAUUGCCAACAACAUGCACUCCCUACAAUGAGCGCAGGAGCAAACCCAAGGGGGCUGAACAGUUGUGAACUAUGGCAAAGAGAUGUAACACACAUACAGUCAUUUGGACGGCAAAAAUAUGUCCGUGUUAGCGUAGAUACCUUUUCUGGAGCAGUCUAUGCCUCUGCCCACACAGGAGAAUCAUAUCCUGAUGCCAUAAUGCACCUCCUACAGGCUUUUUCUUUCAUGGGCAUCCCCAAGGAGUUGAAAACUGAUAACGGGUCCACUUACAAAUCCAAGGAAUUCGAGAGCUUCCUGCAGCAAUGGGGAAUAGAGCACAAGACUGGCAUCCCCUUGACUGGCUCAAGCCGUAGUAGAAAGGACUCAGAGUCCUGGACCAGCAACAUCAGAUCCUGAAAGUGGAACCUCCCCACAUCCGGUUGUCCAGGGCACCGUUCACAAUCAAUUUUCUGAAUUGUUCCUUUGACAGCUUAAAUCCGCCCAUCCUAUGCCAUUUUGGGGGGAGCAGUCAUAUGUUGAUGAAGGAAAAGCCUCCGGUUUUAGUAAAGGACCCUGAGACUUGGAAAACGGUGGAACCUUACAAAUUAGUUACUUGGGGUCGUGGAUAUGCCUGUGUGUCCACCCUCUCUGGUUUAAGGUGGGUUCCUUCCAAAUGGGUAAAGCCCUAUGUUCCCAAAGUCUCAGAAAAAUCUGCUGAAGCGCCCCAGGUUGCUAAUGCUGCCGGUAGAAGAAAACGCCGUGCGCGUUCUCUGGAAGAAAUUCCAUUUAAGCCUCCCAUCUGGAAUAGUUUGUAAUAUAUGUUUGUUUUAAGUUUCCUUUUACCGGUUUAGAUCCUGCAGUUCGUGUGCAGUCUCGAGACACCAUGAGACUGAGCCUGCUCCUCGUCCUACUUGCGAUCAUUUCUCCAGCGAUCUCCUGGAUAGUCCCUCAGCCCAAAGCGAAUGUAUGGACCACCUUGGCCAAAGCCCUUGGACAAGACCACAUUUGUCUCUCCACAGCGACAGCCUCUGACCCCCUGUCAACUUGCCUGGUGGGAGUUCCCUUUAAAUCCGCAGAGUUCCCAAAUUAAAUGUGGAAUGCUUUAAAUGAAGUUAACUCACUCGCACCUCCUCCUGGUCGCUACCCUGCUGACAAUCCUUUACUGUUUCGGCAGCAGUGGGCAAGACAGUUACCGGUGCCAAAAAGGGAGCCACAAGAAUUCCAUCUCUUAGGCUCCAUGAAUGCAACCUUUUGCAUUCACUUUAAAUUCAAUUCCCACUUACCAUAUCAUGAAGCUAAACGAAAUACCUAUCCUGACCCUAGCAACCCACACUACACAGACAAAAACUGGUGCAAAAAUUCAGUCCCAGUCAUGCACUCGUUAGGUGGUGAUUAUAAGCCCCGUGAACUCCCAAAAGGGGUGUUUUUAAUAUGUGGAGACAGAGCAUGGGCAGGUCUCCCCCCUCGUCUGCUCGGAGGUCCAUGCACCUUCAGCAAGCUGAGCCUGUUUACCCCAAAUUGAACAAAUCUAAUGCAUUGGCAGACAAAAAACAACACACAUACAUUGGCUAUCCAAAAAAGAGAACUAAGGCAAUUAGACCCUGACUGUAAUUUGGAAAUUGUUCACUGGUCCAGACUUAAGGCCACCGCAAUUACAGUCCUUCUGCCGUGGAUCUCGGCAGCAAAAAGCAUGGGAGAAUUAGGCCGAUUGGAAUGUUGGGUUGCAAAACAGGCAAAUCUCACUUCUACUGCCCUGAGUGACCUCUUAUCAGACGAGGAAAUUACCAGGCAAGCCACCAUUCAAAACAGGGCAGCCAUAGACUAUCUGCUCCUUCUGCACAACCAUCGCUGUGAAGAAUUUGAAGGUCUCUGCUGCCUCAACUUGUCAUCAAAAGCAGAGAACGUCCAUGCCACGAUUGACAAGAUGAAAACCAUGGUGACAAAAUCAAGAGAGAAAUGGACAACUGGAUGAGUGGACUGUUCAAAGGCUGGGGAACUGUUGGGCUGGUUGGGAUCCAUUUUGAAAACUGUGGUUUUAGUACUGUUUUAGUUAUUGUUAUUGUAGUUGUUAGCAUGGUUUUUGGGCUGAUCAAGCGCAUAGUGUACAAGUUAAUUUGAAGCUCAUCUCCCCCUCCUGAAGUCUACCAUUUGGAAGCCCUUAGCGCUCCAAUGGAUGACAUGGAAUCCUCAGUGGAAAACAGUGACCCUCCUGAAGAGGAGGAACCAAUUUACCCACAGUGGUUUGGCAAACCCAGUCCUCUUCAUUUUAAACAAAACGAGGGGGAGAUGUUGCGGUGUGAUGUCAUAGUUUGUCUCAGGUAUCCCGAUCCUUCCCAGGUGCCAAUCACCUCUCCUUUCCCCCACCCUGACCCCUACUGAGUGCUGUCUGUCAAUCCUGUCAUUCCAGAAGGGCAUCGAGUGAUUGGCAGAGUUCAAAAGAUGCCAUGCAUCCCUGGGGGACCAUUGGCCCACGCAGGUGCCCUUUCACCUGAUACCUACCCUCCCUGCACCUGGUUGGUGGGAUCCCUACCCCUUCCCGCCCCCUCUCCCUGGGGUUAAAAGAGCCAGCAACUACGCAGUUCGAGAGGUUCUGUUAGAGCUGUUACGGGAUUCAGAAGCUUGCGGGUCAGAAUAAAACUCUGGAUCGAAAUCCUCUAACAGAAUCCAACUCCUUUGCCUUCACCUCACCUUCAAGCAUCUCCAACAGAGGUAAACCAGAGCUCUGCGUGUCUGGACUUGUCUCUAGCGUCCAGCUGCAGCAUCCAGCAUAGCCAGAGGUGUCUCUGAGGUGAAAACACCGCAGUUGCCGCCUUUUGGUCAAGCAGCAGAGGCUAGUCAAGCCCGGACACGUCCCAUCCGACUAUAUUGGCAAUUAUUCCAAUAGUUUGACAUUGGCCCAAUGCAAGGUACCCAUGAGAAUCGCUUGCUCACCAUCCUCUGCUACAGCUGGGUGGUGGAGAAAAGGAAAAAAAAUUUACAAGUGGUUCAUGAGUGAGAUAAGGACUGGGAGAAAAAAAUUCAGGGGCAAAACAGGCUCAACUUAAGGUUGCAAAUUGAAUUUAUUACUAACAGAAUCAGAGGAAAAUAAUGAGAAGUAAAAUAAGCCCUUAAAACACGUUUUGCGCCCCAGCCCCUCCCUCCUUCCCCUUUGAGGCCAUGGGGUCCCUCCCAUGGGAGACAGUUCUCUGUAAACUUCUCUGGCAUGGGUCCACUCUCACAAGCAGCAGUCCUACUGCACUUGCUGCAACAUGAAUUUCCCCCCACGGGCACAUAGUCCUCCCAGAACUGCGUGGGUCUCUCUUUGCACGGGGUGCAGUCCUCCAAGGACAGGCUGCUCCAGGAUGGAAGCAAGGGCUCCUCUCUCCACUGGGUCUUCCACUGGAUCACAGCCUCCUCCAGGCAUCCACCUGCUCUGGCAUGGGCACCUCCCCCAUGGGCUGUGGGUGGAUCUCUGCAUUCCCUGUGGAUCCCCAUGGGCUGCAGGGGGACAACCUGCUUCACCAUGGUCUUCACCAUGGCCUGCAGAAGAAUCUCAGUUCCGGUGCCUGAAGCACCUCCUUCUCCUUCUUCACUGACCUUGGUGUUGCUAUGUUGUUUUCCCUCACAUAUUUUCACCUCCUCCUCUUCUUUCGCUAGAAGAAAAACUGUGUGUACUUUGUUUUGAUUUUCUUCUUAAAUAUGUCAUCACAGAGGCAUUACCAACCUCUAAUUGUCCCAGUUUUGGCCAGUAGCAUGUCCAUCUUUAGAGCCAUCAGGGAUUGGCUCUGCUGGACAUGGUGGAAGCUUCCAGCAGCUUCUCACUGGACCCAUCUCUCUGUGGCCCCCCCCACUACCAAAAACCAGGCCGUGCAAAAACAAUACAGUAUAUAUAAAAAAUUGACACCAUUGCAUAUUUCCUAAAACAGUGUGUGAAAAUAUUUUUGUAGUUUACCCCUCACCAGCAGCUUAGGCACCACACAGCUACUUGCUCAGAUGCCACCCCACUCCCACCCCUACAAAAAAAAAAAGAAGGCGGCACAGAGAAAAUAGGAAGAGCAAAAGCAAGCGAACUCAGGGCUUGAGAAAGAUGAAGAAAAUAAAACCAGAACAAGUGAUGCAAAGGUUAUUACCCAUCACCUUCCAGAAGUAGACUGAUGUUCAGCCAGUCUCUGAACAAUAGCUACCUCCCUCCCCACUCCCGCCCCAAAAAAGGAAACCCUCAUCCUUUCCCUCUAAUUCUAUUUCUGAGCAUGACAUUAUAUGGAAUGGAAUGGAAUGGAAUGGAAUGGAAUGGAAUGGAAUGGAAUGGAAUGGAAUGGAAUGGAAUAUCCCUUUGGCCAGUUCAGGUCAGCUGUCCCAUCUGUGUCUGUUAGGGAAAUUGGCCUCAUCUCACACUCAAUCAAGGAGUUACAUUCAUACCAUCCGAGACUUCAACUGUCGGAACUCAAGACAUUCCUUUGGGAGUCCGGAGUUUCCUGAGACCCUUGCCAAGUUAUGUGUAUUAUCUAAUUGAUUUCUAAUUGCUGUCAUUUUACAUUUCCCUAUGCAAUUGCAUAGAGACUGAAACAGCUGAUCAAUGUUUUAUUUUCAUAUCAAGACCCAUUCUUCACCUCUGAGAUUUUGAGAAAAUCCUCCAGUCUCUUCAGAGACGUAGAUUUGUUUGUGUUUUAGCAAGUACAAAAGUCCAAGUGAAUCUCAGUGAAGAAUGUGAAACUCCAUCCAGUGCAAGACAAUGCUGACAAGAAGCGCAAGCAAGAAAACGCUGACCAUUCCAUAAGCAGAAAAGAAGAUGUACAGAUGUAGACUGCACAGAAAUUCCAACCCUUGUGCUUUGCCCACAGAAGACUGUAGACUUUGAGUCAAUUCAUGGGUGUAAGAAUCAGUAGUGUUGUAGAAUUGUUGUUAGAUAAUAGCCUGUUAUAUUUUAGUAAAGCUUUUAGUUCUCUUGUUCAUUGUGCCAUGCAUUCUUUUGUGCAUACAGCAAGUUGUGAGCCAAGUUGCUGAAGAAGUCUUCUUAGUGCAAACAGAAGGGGGAGAUGUCAGAACUCAAGACAUUCCUUUGGGAGUCCGGAGUUUCCUGAGACCCUUGCCAAGGGGCUCGGAGACCCUGGCACGCAGCCCAGAACACCAGCGGGUUCAAUUACGAACCACGGAACAACUUACCACCUUUACAUGAAGAGAUAAAAGCCACAGCAGUUUAGAUAAUAUAAAAAUAAAGUACUCACAGGGUGUAAAUGUAAGUUUUAAGAUUUUUAGUAUAGGAGUUUCUAGUGACAAGAUGGAGAGAUUUGAGCGUGUCUAGCCUUUCUUCUUCUUCUCUACCUCCAUCUUGUCUAGUGAUGUUAGCACUUUUAGAUUAGUCUAAAGUAGAAACUCACUGUCUAAUAUAGAUGAUAAGUAUUAGAAAAUAAUUGUAAAUAUUGUACACGUAGUUGGUAGUAUAUAAAGAUAACACCGCCCUGGGAGUAGGCGGAGUGCCUCUGACUGUCCUGCCGAACGAAUCUCAGCUAGACAAAGAGAAAGAAUUUUAUAGAUAAGAUAAAUAAACAGCCUUGAGACCGAAAAAA